AUGGAUCCAUUGUCAAUUAUUGCUUCAAGUAUAGCGAUUGCGACGCCUUUAACGGCCGCUCUGCAGAAGAUCCGCGCCGCAAGACAUGCGAAGGCGUCGUUGCUCCUCCUAAAUAACGAUGUGACUGAAGUGACUCUCUUGCUCCAAAAUCUGGAGCGAGAGUUACGCGCUGCUCACAAUAGCGGCAUAACAGCGCGGCCAGAUCAUACGCUGCUGCAGGUUCUCGACAUGACCUGUGCUAAGUUGUCUCAACUCGCCGCGCAAAUAGCCGCUUGGGAAUCCCCGUCUACUGCCACAAAGGACACCAAGAGCAAGGUCAUUCGUUGGGUAAACAUUAGUUCCAAAGUUACCGCUUUCCACAAUGAAUUUCGACGUCUUCGCGAGCAGCUGUCAAUGUCGUUAGCUGCAUUUGGGAUGUCGAGCUCCACUCGUAUGCAAAUGCGACUGGAAGAUAUCUUUCUGCUGGCUCAAGACAGUAUGCAGGCUGGGGCGGCCGUGAGGGAAACUGUACACACAGUCCUGGAGAAUCAACGGUCCAUGCAAAAUAUGCUUCUGCAGUCUCCUUCCGCCAUCGGUUCCUCGGCUGCUGUAUCAACUACUACUGUAACGCCAAACGAUAUCGUAGAAGCUGAUGAUAGCUACGCAAACCACGUACGGGCUUUUCAUCACAACGGGGCCAUUUUGUUCGAUUCCGCACAGCUUACUGCAGUUGCGGCCGUGGGCAUUCGCACGGCACAGUUCCCCCGCACUGCUUGCACACCAUGGUGCAGUUGCAUAUGUCAUCAAGAGACGCGACUCCGGACCCCCAAGAUGCUCGAGAAGCUUAUCGGCGCUCUUUUCAUCAACUGCUCCGGCAUUCCCCUGCUUCAGACGCCGUGCAACGAACGGAGUUGUCACAUGAGGGCGCUUCCGCUGGCUCAUGUUACUUAUUUCUUCCCACCUUGGCUUGUAUCAAAGGUAGUGUCCUUCAUGAUGACCGUCACGCCGCUGUCAGGGCCUGUAGCUUCGCUCAAAGUGUCAAGAACCGUUCCAGGGAGCGCCGACAUAUUUACCUUUGCUAAAGUCGGGGACGUCGAAGGCAUGAAGAGGCUUUUCCAGCGUGGGCUUGCGUCGCCACACGACGUUCACUUCGAGUCUGGAGUCACGCCGCUGCAUAUUGCAAUCAAUCAUCAACACAUCCAGGCGUGCAAGCUUUUACUUCAGACGAAUGCCGAUCCAUUUCUGGGGGACUACUCUCAAUGGUACGUGACGUUCCCAAAAAGCAAAGAAAUACUAAUGUUGAGGUCACAAAGCACGGCUGCGGACACUGCCUGGACGAAGAUCUUGUCGAGGACGCUGAACGCCAGCGAUGAAUUGUCCCUGAGAGAGCUAUUCUCGGAAACAGAAUGCAUCGAACGCCGCGACCUGACGGUGCUACACAAAAUCGUUCUGGGUCUGUCCAAGUUGGAUCUCGCACAGCAACUAGCCGAGUCGACCGCCGACGUCAAUGCACAAGACAGCAUCGGCCGCACCGCCUUGUCCAUGGCAGUCGAACGAUCUGACCCCGUAUCUGCGAGGCUUCUUUUGGACGCCGGUGCAGAUCCCACAAUUGCCUCCUAUUCUCAGCUUGGUCCUCUGCACUACGCGAGCAUGGCCAAGGAUCCCGCUUGCAUCGAGCUACUGGUCUCCUUGAAGACUACGCAGGUCGACAGUAUGUCCAAUUGGCAGCAAACACCACUGGUCCAUGCAGUUGCGUACGUAAAAGACGAGCGGCAUAGCAGAUUGCUGCUCAUGGCCGGUGCGGAUCCAAACCGCCGUGACAGGGACGGAUUCACGCCUCUCGCUUGGGCUGCGAUCGCCAACAAUCUGGCGGCAGCGAAGGUGCUGCUCGAGUACAAAGCGCGUGCCGACAUCAUCGACCUCUAUGGCACUAGCUUGCUUCAUCACUGCGUUGUUUCAAAUCGCCAUGAGAUCCUGGACAUCUUGGCUCCGCUGUCGAUGGAGGUUCGGUCAUGUUUAUCUCCCAACACCGACGUUUGGCAUUUGAUAACCUCACAUGCCAACUCGUCGACUAUGCACAAGCUCAAGGAUCUCAAUUGGGAAGGCAUGUCAACCCCAUCGACUGAUCCUGAGGUCACCUACUUAUUGCAGUUGCUCAAAGAGCGUGCGGACUACAGUGCCGAUCUUGCGGCUGCUUGGUCGUCGCUAGUCAAUCAGGUCAAUGACCUGCUGUCAGAUGUUACUUCCAUCUGCAGUGAAGACGAGGACUCGCAGGAAUACUUCGACGCCAGCGAGCACUUGUGAGUUGUGGGCAAGCGGCAGAUAUCUCCGUCUUGGUUGCUUCAACUUUUGCAUUCACGGAACAUCGA